UUGCAGGGGAAGGGCGAGGGUCGCUUUGGCUCUUGCUUUGCGGCAGAGGCUGAUUUCUCCUCUCAAAACACCAAUUUAGUGGAAGAGAAUUUUCUCACCACGAGCCCUAAUCGAAGCAGCCAGUACCGCAGAGGAAUUUUGAUUCUGUGUCCCAAACACUAGCUUGGCGGCCAGGAUUUCCCGGGUCCCGACGCCAAGUACAGCUAUUGGAAGAUAAAGAAUCAUGGAAGUGCUACGGCCAGUACUGAUAAGAAUUGACGGGCGUGUUUAUAGGAAAAAUUUUAUUCAAGAGCAAGCUCACCAACAGGAAGAAGAGGAAGAUUUUAAUACAGGUCUUGGAGAUGGCUCAGACGAACCCUGUGACGCAUUUGCAGUAGAAGAGACAGAAAGAGGAUACCAAUGUGCUAUGGACGUUCCUAGUCCACUAUAUAAGUAUAUAAUAGGAAAGAAAGGAGAAACCAGGAAAAAACUGGAGACAGAAACACGAACUUCCAUCAGUAUUCCCAAGCCAGGGAUAGAAGGAGAAAUCGUGAUCACAGGACAACAUCGGAGUGGUGUUAUUUCCGCACGGACACGAAUCGACGUUCUCAUUGAAAGCUUUCGUAAAAAACAGCCCUUCACACAUUUUCUAUCAUUUGCACUCAACCAGCCUGCAAUCCAAGCGAAGUUUUUACAAUUCAAAGAGGAAGUGUUGGAGAAAUGUUCCCAUGACUGUGGAGUCAGCAGUAGCCUUUUCCAGAACCCAGCAAAACUCCAUUUGACUAUUGGCACCCUGGUACUUCUGAAUGAACAAGAAAUCCAGAAAGCUCAGGAACUCCUGCAGAAGUGUAGAGAAGACCUUGUUGACUCAAUUACUGAACGCAAACCGCUAACUGUGGAAAUAAGAGGUAUAGAGUACAUGAACGAUGACCCAGCCAUGAUUGAUGUUCUGUAUGCAAAAGUCCGCAUGAAAGAUGGCUCCAGAAGGCUUCAGGUCAUAGCAGAUAGACUGGUGGAUCACUUUACGACCUCUGGGCUGAUGAGAAAAGAAUGGGAUAGAGUGAAGCUCCAUGCCACUGUUAUGAACACGGUCUUUCGGAAUGAUCCUAACGGUGAAGAACCGAAUAACCGAGCCACGGGCAAACCGUUCAAGGAAAGGGAAUCAUUUGAUGGCCGAACAAUUUUGAAGCUCUUUGAGAACUUCGAAUUUGGAGAAGUGCAGCUGAAUUCCGUCUACCUCUCACAACGAUUCUCCACUGACCACUCGGGCUACUACGCCUCGUCUGGGCAGCUCAAUUUCUUCUGAAUUGCAGACUCAUCUUUCCCGAUAGAUUGCACAUAAUGAGAUCCACGAGUCUCUAAUAUACAAGGCAAUAAUGAUUUAAACCUGCCCUGCUAUUAGAUCAGGCUCGCUCUGUCCUCCCGAAUCAACCUUAGAACUUUGCCAAUAUCUGGGCAAAAAAAAAAAAAAACAACCCUGGCCUAAAUUGAAUGAAAGAAAAUAUCCAUGCAAUCAAAAAAGUGACUCUGGUUGGCAGGUGGUUUGUUGGGGGGGAAAAAAGGUGGAAAUAAAAGACAUAAUAGUACCUGCAUUUAGAAAGCUAUAAAUGUACAGAAAUUACCCAUUAAUUAUUUUUAAUGGCUAACUUUUCAAAGCUGGGAAAAUAACAUCUUUUUGUGGCACUUCAGAUUGCCCUGAAAUCUAAGUCUUUUGUAGCUUUCAAAACAAAAACCAUUCCCUUUGGUAACCUUGUGAUAGUUUUUCCUUUUAACUGCGAACGGCAAUAUAUUUGCAUUUUUGUGGUUUGCUGGUUUUUUUGUUGUUGUUUCGUUAUUACAGCUAACGUGCUGAAUCUGUCAAGGAUUCAUGGUGGUUUAGAACUAAUAAUUAAAACAUGCACAUUACAAAUAUAA